AUGGAGUCAACAGUAUUACAAAUCCCUCCCCACAAGAGAGUUGGGCUACUGGUAAGAAAUUUAUCAGUCAUAGUUAAAGCACAAGAACAGACUCAGAGUCAAAAGGAAGCCCAAAAUAAAGAUGACUUGAAAUCUAAGAUAUUGAACGAUAUUUCAUUUGACUUGGAAGCUGGUCAAUGCCUUGCCAUAGUUGGUGGAUCUGGUAGUGGUAAAACUACAUUACUUAACACUUUAUCUCAGCGAACCAAUAUCACCAACAAGAAGUUAAAGUUUGAAGGUGUUGUAAAUUAUAAAACUUGUCAAGAAAACGUAACCCACAUCAAACAUGCAUACCUUUUACAGACAGACAUCUUUCUCCCUGGAUUAACGGUGUUUGAGACUUUGAAAACACAAGCAGACUUAAGAUUACCCAGCUCUGUCCAAACUUCUGAGAAAUUGGAAUUAAUAGAAUCAUUAGUGGAUGUGUUGGAAUUAACUCAUGUUCGAGAUGUAAUAAUAGCGUCUUUCUCAAACCAUGCAACUACAUUAUCAGGCGGAGAGCAACGUCGAGUUUCCUUAGCUAUUCAGUUGUUAUCACGUCCAUCUAUAUUAUUUCUUGAUGAGCCAACGACUGGAUUGGAUACGACAAGUUCAUUAAAACUAGUGCACGUUCUCAAGAAAUUAGCAUCUCCUGCUUAUGGAGUGACAAUUAUUUUAUCUAUUCAUCAACCCAGAAGUGAAAUUACUGUACUAUUUGAUAAGAUUUGUCUUUUGACAAAAGGAGGUCGACUUGUUUAUUAUGGCAGUUUAAUAGAUGCCACUUCGUAUUUUAAUGAUUUACACAUUCUACGAGAUGCCGAUGGUUCUGAUGGUAAUAAUAAGCAAAAUUUUAUAGAAUAUAUUAUGGAACUAUCAGUUCGAGAUACUACUUCGGAAGAGUUGGAAAGAGUUACAAAUGUUCGAAUUAACAGUCUUGUCACCAACUGGAAGCAAACAUCAUCAAUGUUACAACCAAUAUCAGAUUCUGAUUUUAACAAGAAUCUUCAAUUAUUUGCUCGACAAUCAAAAGAUAAAAUCUCCUUUUUAAGAGAAUUAGAGAUACUAACGAAAAGAACUUUCUUAUUAACCUACCGAGAUACGCUCUCAUUAAUAUCUAUGAACUUGGGAGCUGCACUAUUAGCAGUAGCAACUGGUUGGUUAUUCUUUCAGCCUACGCCAGAUCUAUCUGGGAUAAGAUCUAUUACUUCAACAUUAUAUGUCAUGUUGGAAGUUAUUGGAUUUUGUCCAAUGUAUUUUGAAUUAGAAAGACUAUGGGCGACUGAUGGAGUCUUCUUCUAUCGAGAAUACCUGGAGCAUCAUGUAUCUAUUCCAGGAUUUCUUCUUUCAAGAAGAUUAGGCAAAUUACUCUUGGAAGAUUUACCAGCAUCUAUUAUAUUUGGUUCAAUAACCUAUUUCAUGUGGGGUUUACGUACAUCAGCUGAAUAUGGUGAAGGAGAAUUUACCAGCAGAUAUUUUGGAAUCUAUCUUUCCAUAUGUAUUCUAGUUGAAUUAAAUGCUAUGGGAUCUACUUUAGUAUGUUUUGCAGUUGCCAAUGAUUUCUCAAUAAGUUCUCUUGUUUUAAAUAUAUUUUACCAAUUGCAAAAUAGUGCUUGUGGUUAUUUUGUUAAUGCUGCUACUAUGCCAGUAUAUGUUAGAUGGAUUAAAUAUCUUGCAUAUUUUUGGUAUGGAUUUGGAGCAUUAGCUGCUAAUCAGUUUACAAAUUGGAUGGGUGCUUGUCCAUACGAUGAAUCUGAUUCUCGUUGUAUUCAAUAUUCAGGAAAUUAUCAAUUGCGGUUAUUGGGAUACCCUAUGAAUUGGAUUGCUGAACCCAUUGGUAUUUUAGUAGCUUGGAUGGUGGGAUUUCAUGUAUUAACAUGGAUAGCAUUUUACUAUAAGACAUUUGAUGUAUCCAUUGCUAAGACAAAGAAAAAUAGAAUUGACAAACCUGUAAAGAAAGGAGAUGAAGAUGAAGAUGAAGAAAUGACAGAUUCAAUCAUUGAUGAUGAGAAGAAUGAUCCUACAUUAACAGAACCUAUAAGUGGCAAUAUAGAUAUUACCAUUAAGAACUUAACUUUCCUUGUUCAAAAGAAGAACCUUUGGAGAAAGACAGUAUUGGACAAAUUACUUUUAGAUAAUAUUAAUUCUAGAUUCAGUGGAAGUAAAGUAAAUGUAAUUAUGGGACCAUCAGGUAGUGGAAAGACAACAUUAUUAAACUAUCUUUCCAAUAGAUUACCAAAAUCUCAGGGAAGUGUUUUUAAGUCAACGGGAGAUAUUGAACUAAACAAUUUUCAACCCAUUAGCCGUGAGCAAUUAUCUCAGGCAUCUGCAUAUGUAACACAACAUGAUAAUUCUCUCAUUCAUAACUUAACUGUUAGAGAAACCUUAUAUUACCAGGCUAGAAUCAGAUUACCUGUGAAACAGCAUAAUGAUAUUCCAUUCAUCAUCAAUGACUUGAUUAGGAAAACAGGGUUAAUUGAUUGUGCUGAUAAAUUGAUUGGUUCUGAAUAUGUAAAGGGGAUCAGUGGUGGUGAGAAAAGAAGGGUAUCUAUUGCUAUCCAAUUGUUACUGAGACCAAAGAUUUUAUUCUUGGAUGAACCAACAUCAGGUUUAGAUUCAGCCACUGCCUGUAAGAUUUUGCAAUUAUUGGAGACUCUUGCAGAAGAGAAUCGUACGACCAUUAUUAUGACUAUUCAUCAACCUAAUGACGAGAUGUUUAGACGAUUUGGAUCUUUAUUGUUAUUGGCAAGAGGUGGUAAAGUAAUCUUUAAUGGAAGCAUUGACCAUAUCCGGCCAUACUUUGAUUCAUUAAAUUAUUCGAUUCCUGCUGGUGUGAAUAUGGCUGAUUACAUUCUCGAUUUGAUUUCGAAAAAGGUUGAUGAAGACAAGCAAGAUUCACAAAAUAGAAUCACUAGUUUAAUUCAUGAAUGGAAAUAUCAUAAGAAUAAUAAUCAAGGAAAUGCCCAUGAUGAUAUUGAGGUUCAAGUAAAAUCACAUAAAAUCAUUAAUAUUUCUGAUUAUUAUCAUAAGAGAUUACCCUUAUACGUUACUUUCUUAACGGUUGCUGAACGACAAGUAUUAACAUCCUAUAGAUCCAAAGAUGUUAUAUUCAGUCGAGCUGGUCAAACCAUAUUCUUAACUAUAGUUCAUACGUUAUUCUUUUCUCCAUUGAGAAAUCUGCAAGAAGGAAUAAGCAAUCGACUCGGAUUAAUUCAAGAAGUGUUGAAUUUAUAUUUUGUUGGAUUGGUUAAUAACAUUACCCUUUAUCCAACAGAAAGGAAUUUGUUCUACCAAGAGUAUAAAGAUGGAAUAUAUGGAGUUUUCGAAUUCAGUGGUUCAUACUUGAUAAAUGAGUUACCCACUGAAAUAAUCCCAUGUUUAUUUUUCAGUAGUAUGAUAGUAUUUGUGGCAGGAUUACCCAGAAAUCCAGGAAUGUUUUUCAGUAUGUUUGUUACUGGAUUUAUUUCCAUUAAUUCAGGUGAAUCAUUGGGAAUUAUGGUUAAUAGUUGUUUUAAUCAUUUGGGUGUAGCCACUAAUAUAUUAUCCAAUUUAGUUAUUUUAGCAAUUUUCAUGGGUGGAACCAUGUCAUUACAAAUGCCACCAUUCUUUGAAGGAAUUAAUUAUAUUAGUCCUAUGAAAUAUGCAGUGGGUAUAUGUGCCGAAUUAGGAUUUAGAAAUCAAGUCUUUACAUGUGGAGAUGAGGAGAAUUGUAUAUUAAACUCUGGUCGAGCUGUAUUAGAUUAUUAUGGUUUAACCAAUAAUAUUGGGGCUAGUUUUGGUGGUUUAAUAGCAUGUUUGAUACUUUAUAGAUUAAUUGCUAUUGCAUCUAUAUACAUUAGAGUUAAGUAUUACAAUUGA